GCAGCUCAAGCUUCCACUGCAGCUUCCUCCCUACUUCCUCUCUUCCUCUUUAAGCUCCCCCAUUUCAGAUUCUCCCUUUUAGAAACAUUCGCCGCCCACUACUUGUUCUUCCUAUCAUCGGUGAGUCUUAUACCAUAGCUUGAUUCUUUUUUCUUUCUUUUUCUAUUUAUUUUCUGGAUAUGAUCGUACCCUUUUUCUUGAUUUUUUUAUUUUAUCGCACAAAUUCAAAACGUUGUUGUCUGAAUCUGGGUUUUUGAGACUCUGCUCUGUCUUUUUUCCUUGGACCAAACGUUUUUUUAUCUUGUCUGAAUUUACUUAAUUAAGCCCAAAACAACAAAAGUGGUGCUGCUCUCUGAAUCUGGCUUUGUUUUCUUAAUUCUGGAAGAAGAAAUAUGAAUAUAAAAAAAUAGGAAAUUUUUUUGGGUGCUGAAAAAAUUGGAUCUUGGAAUUUGGGUGUUGAUAAUUGGGUUUUGGUUAACGGUCGUUUUCAUGUCUAAUUUAGGCAUAUAUUCUGCUGAAUUGUGUGCUAAAAGAUUAAUAUUCCUUCAGUUUUAAUUUAUUUUAUUUUAAAUUUUUUGUCCAGGAUAAAGAGCAUGGGGUAUCCAUUUAGCUAAUGCUGAGCGCCUCAGUAGCCUUUUAAUCAUAGAGUUAGCUGCCUGAGAGCUGUUGCCUUUUGUCUUUUAAAUACUUUUUGUGGAUCUUGGAUUGUGGAAAUUUAAGGACGUUCUCUCUUACUUGCCGAAAUUUGAAACCAGAACAGAAGGAACACAUCUUCGUUUUCUGAUUUUUCAAUUUGUGUGUGCCCAACACACUUAAAUUCCCAGAAUUUUACCCUCUGCCCUCCUUUUCGCAGCCUAGGAGAGAAAUCAUGGAUCAAGAAAUAUGAGGUCGGAGGUUGCUUAGACAUCUGAAUUGUUUUCUCUGUGUAAGAGAUGGUUGCAGAGUCGUGGUUUCGUAGUCUUUGGAAGACUAAAAAGAAGCAUGAGGCUGGACCUGGGAAAGCAGUAAUUGGAGUUUUGGCCUUUGAAGUAGCAAGCUUGAUGUCCAAGCUGGUGCAGUUAUGGCAGUUACUGAGUGAUAAACAAGUGGCUAGGCUUAGAGAGGAAAUUUCAAAUUCGGUGGGUGUAAGAAAGCUUGUGUCAGAAGAUGAUGAUUACAUUGUAGGUUUAAUAUGCAUCGAGUUGUUCGAGAAUAUGGUCCGUGUGUCAAAAUCUGUGGCCAGGCUUGGGAAGAAUUGUACGGAUCCUAGUUUGAAUGGUUUUGAGAGAGCUAUUAGUGAUUUGGUCAAUUAUGGCUCUGACCCUUACAGAUGGCAAUUUUCAUGGAAGAAGAUGGAGAGGAAGGCCAAGAAGAUGGAGAGGUUCAUUUCAAUAAAUGCAAAUUUGUAUGAAGAGAUGGAAGUUCUUUCAGAUCUUGAACAAACGCUGAGGAGAAUGAAAGGCAGUGAUGAAUUAGAUGGUGUUAAUUUGCUUGAGUUUCAUAAGAAGGUAGUGUGGAAGCGGCAGGAGGUGAAGAAUUUGCAAGAGGCGUCUCUUUGGAGUAGGACUUAUGAUUAUACAGUCCUCCUUUUAGCAAGAUCUCUCUUCACAAUAUUUGGUAGGAUCAAGCAUGUAUUUGGACUUCAACAGAUGGCAGAUGGUGAAUCCAAAGAAUCUGAUCACAUAAGUCGUAGUCAAUCAGUGUCUGCAAUAAUACAGCCUUCAGUCCAUCCGUCUGAGAACGGUCUUCCAAGAUUUGCCUCAGGUCCCCUUGGGAGGUUUGCUGUUACAUCAGGACCAGUGUCGAAAAAAAACAAGACCAACAAUUUCUUUUCAGGCCCUCUUGGUGGCUCAAGUACAAAAUCAGGCCCUAUUUCAGCAAAAAAGAAAGAUGUCAGCUUCUUUUCGGGUCCACUUGUUAAGUCAACAAAAUCAGGCCCAAUUGCUGCAACGAAUAGAACCAUCAGGAAGUUGUGGAAGUCUCAUGAUCACUCAGUCACUAAUCAUGAGAAGAAACCACCUACAAAGCCCAAUAGGUUGCCACAAGUUGGACCUUUUAAAGGAUGCAUGAUAAAAGGAAACAAUUCACCUGUCACCAAUUGCUACUUGAAUUCGAAUGGUGUUCGUUCAGCAAUUCUCAAUGUAUCCGGAGAGGCCAAUGGAGAUGUUUUAGCUUCUGGCAGCAAACUUCAUCCUAGUCCGUCAAUCUUCAGUUCUAAGCACAAAUUGCUGGAUGCUCCGCCCGAAACACUUGGUGCUGCUGCCUUAGCACUGCACUAUGCAAAUGUUGUUAUUGUAAUUGAGAAGUUAGUAGCAUCUCCUCACUUGAUUGGUCUUGAUGCGAGAGAUGAUCUGUACAAUAUGUUGCCCGCAAGUGUGAGGACUGCACUAAGGGCAAGGCUAAAGCCAUACAGUAAGAGCUUAACUUCAGCAGUUUACGAUACAGUUCUUGCAGGAGAGUGGAAUGAGGCAAUGGCGGGAAUAUUAGAAUGGUUGGCACCACUUGCUCAUAACAUGAUAAGAUGGCAAUCCGAGAGAAGCUUUGAACAGCAAACCUUGGUUUCCAGGACUCAUGUUCUUCUGGUACAAACCCUCUACUUUGCAAAUCAACAGAAGACAGAAGCAACGAUUACAGAGCUUCUUGUUGGUUUGAAUUACAUCUGGAGGUUUGGCAGAGAAGUCAAUUCAAAAGCUCUGUUAGAUUGUGAUAGCAAUAGAACAUAUGAUGAAUUUUUGGAGAUGGAUGGCUAGUAGAAUUUCAGGUCAUUGCAAUAACCAAAUGCAGAUCUCAAGACUAACCACAUUGAGCCAAUACUCUUACCUGGCUCGUCGAUGAGGUUGCUGGUUGCUGCUGGACAGAUUGAUAAUUGUGUGGUCCAGGAGAGACAAUGAGCCAAGUUCAAUAUCUUUGUAUUAGAAGCAUCCUCGGUAAGUCAAAAAGGUAUAGACAGAGCUUCCAAACAUUCUUUCCUUUGGUGGUUUUCUAGCCACUGGAAUACGGGCUCCUCUAUUCUUCUUUUUUUCUUAUACCAGCAGGGUAUGCCGUAUUUACUUAAGCUGUGUACCUUGUAUAUUUUAUCAGCUAUACUUGUUUCUUUUCAAUGGUUGUAAAUCUGUGGUAUAGAAGGUUCUCUCUCCAUAAUAUCAAAAUGCCUCUAUGGUCAAGCGUUUUCUUUUGUAACUGACUAUUAUAAUUGUGACCUUUACGCCGCAUUGUAACUAGGGAAUAUAAGUGUAA